GAAAUGUGCAAAUCGUUUCACGUCUACGUCAUGUCAGUCUUGGAAAAAAAUAAUCAAAUAUCAAAUAAAUAGUUUACAAAAAUAAGAAAUGGCGUUCUUUGCGGUUAUAUGGGAAAAAUUCGCAAACCAGUGUUAAUUUCCAUUCGGAAAAACGCGUCCAGUAAAAAAAGAAUGUCAGAAAAUCGGCAAAAAACACGUUUUUAAUUCGCUAAAGUAACAGUUCGUGGUCAUAUGGGCGGGUUCGGAAACGAACGGUGGAUGGAUGAAUGAAUGAAUUAUUUUUUCUUGUUGUUUGUUGCUAAUAUCCCAAAGGCUGACUGUUCGGAUUCAUCACAGUUCGCCUUAAUUAGUGCUAAUUAGUUAAUUUUGUAGUUUAUCAACGAAAUGCAUAUAACAGAAUAAUUAUUGAGGCUGACUUGACUGACUGACCUCUUGUUGGCUAUUCUUUAGUUUGAAGGAAUGGAGAAGCAACAUGUGACCUCAAUCUGACAUUUUUAUCCCUUGUGAAGUUGUGAAUCGAACCCUGCUCUGUACUGUGAUUUUGUGGAUUUUUCCAGGGAUUUUUUCAAUCAAAACUUUCACUGAUUUGUGAUUUGUGCUGCCCACUUGGAGUAAAGAAUCAGGAGUUUUUAAGCUUGACUUGACAUCUGGAUGGGGACGUCAUCAUUCUAGAAAAAAUAAACAGAAUGUAGUCUGGAUACAAAAAGCUUUAAAAAUGUGUCAAGAAAACACCCAUAGCCGAGUUGCUAAUGAAAUCAGGCAAAUAUCUUAUUUAUCUGAGGGAUGAAUUCGAUGGCAGCUAUGGAGAAUAAUAGAUACAUUUUGCAGGUUUAUGUAGGGGCCUUAAGUAGCCUCUAUGAGGCCUUAUCAGUUGAAGCUAGCAAACAAACGACAUCCGAAGAGAUAGUUUCUUGUAUUGUAGAGAGACUGUCCCUAAACGAAAAUGCCGCCUACGAAUUGGCAGAAGUUAUUGGAGAUGACUUUGGACAAGAAUGUAAGGAACGAAGUCUUUUGAGCCAUGAGAGUCCAGUUCAAUUGAUGAUGUUAUGGCCUAAACAUCGACCAGAUAAUACAUCAUAUAGGUUCUAUCUUCGUGAAAAAGUUGUAGAUUAUUCUUGGCGGGUUAGAUUUGUUAUGGAUCCUCAACUAAUCAAAGACUAUUUUCACAGGUUUUUAUAUCAGCCGAAAGAUCGAGAAUAUCCAGAUCUCUGUCAACUGCCAGAUUUAAAUGAACAAACUCUCUUGGCGAAUCUCAGAGAGCGGUUUGUAGCUGGUCACAUAUACACCUAUGUAGGAUCAAUCCUUAUAGCUUUAAAUCCUUUUAAAUUCUACCCAAUCUACAAUCCAAAAUACGUGAAGCUGUAUCAAAAUAGACGGCUAGGACCUAACCUGCCGCCACACAUAUUUGCAGUAGCUGAUACAGCUUAUCAUUGUAUGUUGAAAGACAGGAAGAAUCAGUGUAUAGUCAUUAGCGGAGAAAGCGGUUCGGGAAAGACAGAAAGUACAAAUUUUUUAUUGCACCAUUUGACAGCGCUUAGCCAAAAAGGAUCACAUGGUAGUGGUGUAGAACAGACUAUACUUAGUGCUGGGCCGGUUUUGGAAGCUUUCGGAAACGCUAAAACUGCUCAUAAUAAUAAUUCAAGUCGUUUUGGUAAAUUUAUCCAAGUUAACUACAAGGAAAACGGAAUGGUACAUGGAGCAGUAGUUCAAAAAUAUCUACUGGAAAAAUCAAGAAUUUGCUGUCAAGGACGUUAUGAGCGGAACUAUCAUGUGUUUUAUUACCUACUAGCAGGGGCCAAUGAACAAGAGAAGCAACAAUUACAUCUAAUGAGUCCUGAUAAAUAUUAUUAUUUGAAUAAGUCUUGGGCUGCUUUGGAUAAUGUUGAUGAAAGCUAUGAAUUCUCAAGGUUGAAGCAAUCAAUGGAAAUGGUCGGUUUCAUUCCUGAAAAACAACGUCGACUUUUCUCGGUACUUUCAGCGGUACUGCUUCUUGGCAAUGUGGAAUUUCAACCAAGAAAAUCUGCCUAUCAUCAUGACGAAGCGGUGGCUGUUAAAAAUCCAGAAGUAGUUGCUCUUAUAUCUGAAUUAUUAAGGGUUAAACAAGAGACUUUGAUGCAAGCUUUGACUGCUAAAAGGGCUAGAGCUUCAGGAGAGACAUUGGUGAUAAAUUAUAGACUACCAGAAGCAAUAGCUAGUAGAGACGCCAUAGCAAAAUGUUUGUAUGGGGCACUUUUUGACUGGAUUGUUUUACAAGUAAACCAUGCGCUUUUGUCAAAAAAAGAUACUCUGAGAGAACAUCAAGGUAACUCAAUAGGCGUUCUCGAUAUUUUUGGUUUUGAAGAUUUUGGUUUGAACAACAGCUUUGAGCAACUGUGUAUAAAUUAUGCCAACGAACAUUUACAAUAUUACUUCAAUCAGCAUGUGUUCAAAUAUGAACAAGAGGAAUAUAGAAAAGAAGGCAUCAGGUGGACCAAUAUUGAUUUUAUGGAUAAUACCGGGUGUUUACAAUUAAUUGAGGCCAAACCUAAUGGCUUGCUGUGUCUUUUGGAUGAUCAGUGCAACUUUCCUGGGGCAACAAACGAAACACUAUUACAAAAAUUUAACAGUGUACACAAGGAUAAUAAUUUUUAUAAGAAACCUCAAAAGAAAGAAGCAGCUUUUAUAGUAGAACACUAUGCAGGAAUAGUUAAAUAUCAGGUGACUGAUAUGAGAGAGAAAAACCUCGACCUGAUGCGUCAAGACAUAGUAGGAGUACUCAAAAACAGUUCAAUGGCUUUUGUACGUGAAUUAGUAGGAGUGGAUCCAGUGGCUGUGUUCAGAUGGGCGAUCGUGAGGGCUUUUUUCAGGGCUCAAUAUGCUUUUAGAGAUGCUGGAAAACGACACCGGCAAGGCAGAGUGGACGGUAAUCGGAAUAAUAUCCAGCAACGGUAUAGGGGAGUGCACGUGCCAAAUGAUAAUCUUAUCAGCAAACAAAGACAUACAACAUCUCCGUUUCAUCGUACACUUGAUGAAUCUUCAUCGAAUCGUCUAUCCUGGCCGCAGUUUUACCAACGCAACAGAACAAAUUUGCCAAGUUCUACAAAAAAUAAUAACGAGGACGAUCGUAGGAGAAGAGAUUCGUCCAGUUCUCAAGGGGCUUACGCUUUACAAAAAACCCUUUGUCCUGAUGAGGCUAGAGCAAUGCAACGGGCCAAUCAGAUUGUGAUGAAGAAUAAAUCCUUCAGACCGCGGGAACGUGGCAAGAAAGGUUUGAAAAACCUCCAAUCAGUCAAAACUCUCGCUGGCAGGACUGGGAUUACAGCAAUGAAUCAGAGUCAACUCAGCAAAGCUAGGAAACAACCUAUGACGGUGGCAGCUCAAUUUCAGCAAAGCCUUCAUUCUCUGAUGGACACUUUAAAUCAGGCCAAUCCAUUUUUCAUUCGUUGUAUUAAGUCGAAUAGCGAUAAAAUUCCUAAUACUUUUGAUCCUGACACUGUCCAAAGACAACUUAGGUAUACUGGCAUGUUGGAGACAGUCAGGAUUCGUCAGGCUGGUUUCAACGUACGAUUAACUUAUGACGAAUUUAUUCAGUUAUAUCGAAUACUACUCCCGAAGGGUUUGUUGAGUUCGCAACUUGAUGUGAGGAAUUUUUUGGCUACGUUAAAUUUGAAUAGAGAUAAUUAUCAGUUGGGGACCUCCAAAGUAUUUAUGAGAGAAUCAGAAAAACACAAGUUGGAUAGUAGGCUCCAUCAAAAAAUCAUGGCCGGAAUUGUGACACUUCAGAGAUGGUUUCGUGCGUGCUUGGAAAGGAGAAGAUUUUUGAGGAUGAAGUCCGCUGUUGUAUUAUUACAAUCCUAUUGUCGUAUGUAUUUGGUUCAGAAAAGUGUAAGACGACUUAUGGCGGCCAUUAAAAUUCAAAAACAUUGGAGAGGCUAUAGGGCUAGACAAUGGUACCAUAAACUCAAAUCGAGUUUAGUAAGCUUUCAGGCUCAUUGCAGAGGUUUCAAGUUGAGGCAAAUGAUCGCCGUUGGAAAAUAUCACAGAAAAGCAAAAGCAAUCCAAAUGGUACCACCCCAGCUUGAAGCUAAGAAAGUUAGUUCGGAUGAAGCAUUUGUAAGCAAGGAGUCUAGUCAGGAAGAAUUAAGAGUUGGACCUCCAGAUAAACGAUUUAAUGAUUCAGAUGAGAGUAGCGGUAUUCAAGAAGACGAUUUGGAAAAUAGUAAUCCCAAUAAGUUACUCCUAAGAUCAACUGUUUCGCUGCCAAUGGUUUCACCUACGAAUUCAUAUUCAUAUUAUUCUCCUUAUUUGAAUAGUUCUUCUAAUAUCAAUAGAUUUGAGGAAUAUGAACAAAGAAAAAAAAUCAGUAAGUCCCAUCAAACCAUUGACUAUUCAGACCUUGACUAUUCACCACAAAGAAAAGGCAGCGGCGAAUCAUUGGACUCACAAAGAAGCUAUGAAUCCCAACAGAGUGCCGAUUCGCACUUGAGCAAUACAGUACGUGAAACAGCCAAAGCAGAAACACCUUCACAUUUGGACAAACAAUGGUCGAGCACUAGUACAACUAGCGAAACAACUUUGUCAGAAUCGGCUGCUCCUACAAAUACAAGGUCUGCACCGCCUCAUAUAUCAGAGAAAUUCACUAAAUUCCAAUCUUCCGAAGACGGGGAUGUGAAUUCCUCGUUCAAACCGCAAUUGACUAGAUCGCAGGCUGUGAAUUGGGCUGCAACGGCUGUGAAAAGAGAUAGUAGGUAUGUGAAUGAUAAUAUGCGAGGUCUAAGAAGUUUCCCAGUGAGACGGCCAAGCAAAGCGUACGAGGACCGACCGGACGUGUAUCCAUUUGACAAUAAGCCAAAUAAAACUGAAGAAAUUUUGGGACGACCUGAGGCUCCAGUGAGGAGCACGCGGAAAUCGAAACGUGGCCAUGUGAAAAGCUUAGGAGAGGAGGUUACAGAUUCUGGCAGUAUUGAUAAGGGUAUCCUAGGGACUAUCGACGAACGCAAGGCUCAUUUUUCAGAUUUCAGUCGUUUGACUGCUAAUUUUAUUGCUCCAGAUAAGCAAUCAUUGACGCCAAAACGACAAAGACAGAAUCUCCCUCAACUAGAUUUAAGACGAAGAAACAGCGACCCUGCUACCAAAGUAUUAAUUAAUGAAAAUUCAGGUAUUGAAUCUAGUCCGGCAAUCAAAAACAAUGACAAAUGGAGCGAUUACAAUAGUUUAAUGUUAGCAGGACAUUCAUUUAGAAAAAUAUCUAGGCUAUCAAAAGAUGACACUUGUUCAUUUUGUAAAGAAAAAUUGGAUAUGUUUAUCACACAAGGCUACAAAUGCACCACUUGUAAAAAACUCUUCCAUACCAAAUGUAUUCAGAAUAAGAGCGUAUUUGAAAUUCCAUGUGACUCUCAGAGAUCUGGAGGCGAUUCAGGCAAGUCAGGAAGAAGAAAACAAAGAAAACAUUCCAGAGCUCCUUACGAUCUAAAUAAAUCCGAAGAAGCAAAAUUCAGUCUCACAGGUACAUCAGAAUUUACAGAUAGAACCGAUCAAAUCAUUACCGGAGCCGAAGAGUUGACCUUAAUGCAAGAAUUCAUAACCGAAAAGAUAAUGAAAAUCGAAAAUGAUGGUGGUAAAUCAAGUGAAGUCGAUAAAGUAUUCAAACAAGCCUUAAGAGAGUUCAAAGACAAUUUGGUGCAAAUGUACAGUGCGGCCACCAAACAUAACGGUAUCGAAGCGUGCAAUCUUAGAUAUAAGGAUUUAAUUAGUAUUUUUAAUCAAGCUAUGGAGACAGUGUGUCAAAGAGAGCUGAAGGAAAAUGAAACAAAGAACUUCCCAAUUACUUUAGGAGUGAAUGCGUUCAGGGGUUUCAUGAAUGAAUUUAUGUCGACUAAAUCCGAAAUAAAACCGAGCAAAGCGAAACGAAAAAAAGAGAAAAAACGUAAAGUGGAAACUUACACAUAUAAGGGGCACACGUUCCUGCAGACAAUCAUCAACAUACAGACGGCGUGCGAAGUAUGUAAUUCAUUUGUUAUGUGGCCGAUAGAGAGGGGUCUCGUGUGCCAAAGCUGCAAACUCACCUGCCAUAAAAAGUGUUACACCAAUUCAGGCCAGUGCCAAAAAGAACCCGGAAUGCAGGGCGAUAAUAAAAGGAUAUUUGGUGUGGCCCUGGUUACACUUGUGACUGAUGAACAUAAAAUUCCAUUAGUGAUAGAAAAACUUAUUUAUACAAUAGAACUCAAGGGGAUAUACACAGAAGGGAUUUAUAGAAAAUCUGGUGUAAAAUCGAAAAUAACGGAACUUAAAAAUCAGAUGGAUGAACAUCCUGAUAGUUGUGAAUUUGAAAAAUAUCAGGUUCAUGUUCUAGCAUCGGUUUUAAAGACCUUCCUUAGAGAAAUGUCUGAACCUUUACUUACAUUCGAGUACUAUGAAAACUUCAUAACAGCUGCAAAUUUGGAAAACGACAACGACAGGAUAACCACUCUGUAUGAUAUCCUCAAAAAAUUACCUUCCCCAAAUUACGACCUGAUGGAACGGCUGAUUUUUCAUUUGGCACGAGUGGCACUUCACGAAGAAACAAAUCGAAUGAGCUCGUCCUCAUUGGCCAUAGUUUUUGCACCCUGCGUGUUGAGGACCAAUAAACGGGUGCCAGCGCAGGAGUGUUUGCAUGAUAUUACCAGCCAGACGAGGUGUAUCGAGACUAUUAUCAAGGUUCAACUGAAAAAGCUGCGUCUAACACUAGACGACAUCGAUACACUAGACACUGCGUGUCAAGCAGCAACAAAUCGACUGUCUUCCCUACGAAGCUCCAAAGUUUUCAGUCCAGACGAAUUACUGCCAAACAGCAAUCAGCCAUCUCAACAGCAAACGGACGAUGAAGAGCAUUUACUGGUUGAUCAUAUCCAGGAAAUCCAGAAGGAAAAAGAGCACCUGACUUCUACAUUGCCAACUUUAACUCACGCAACGUCAGAUGAUGAUAUGUUGUCUACAGAUGGGGAUGGGAGUUUGGAUGAUCUUACUUGUUUAGGAAAUCAAGAAAAAAAUCGGCAAAGACCAGUGAUACGUUCAAUAUCAUCUGGCGAUCCAAGACCGAGUUUGCUUCCAAAACUAAAAAGACAGUCAUCCUCGGAUGCCAGUGGCCAAUUAUUAGAUGAGUGUAGUGAAGAUCCUAUUAUGGUAUAAAAUAAGUAAUAACUACUUUAUAGCAUGUUUAUUAUUAUAGCAUUCAAUCAAUAAUCUAUGUUUCAAUCAAAUUUGAUCAGAAUUUUAUGUGGUAUUUAUACAUUUUUUUGGUUUCCAAAACCCUGUGACAAUAUGACUUUCGAACGUUUUUUUUUUUAUCACUAAAGUAACAUUUUUAGUUAGCAAUCAGAAACUAAAUGUGAUCCAGUUUGAUUUUAUUUUUUUAAUAAAAGCAAUCACAAAAAGCUCACAGUUACUAUUAGCUUCAUAGAACAAAUACAUAUAUAGUUUGAAAAGUUAUUAUUUAUACUAUGUUGCUGAGAGGAUUUGGAAUAACAGUGUUUAUCCAUGAGGAUUUGAUUUGUAACCAAUUUGUAUAUAAAACAUUUAGUUCUAUAAUCUAUAUUUUUGUGUACCCAACAUCGAUAAAUAAUGACGGGAAGUCAAAUUGCAAUGAAUGAUGCCAAGCGAAAUAUUAAGGCACCAUUAAAUAGUAUAGUCUCAAAUUAUUUGUGAUUGUAUAGAUAGAUAGAAAAUUCAGGAUACUUACUGCCUCUGAUUGUCAGAGUUAGCUAAGUAUGUAUAUAUAAUUCAUUUAUAUUACGUUAUAAUUGGCGGACCUUGAAUCUUAGCAGACAAGUUGAGUUUGUAUUUUUAAAUUAUUGUAUUAUAUAUUUUUUUUUGUAAAGAAAUUUCAAACAUUGCUUCUUUUUUUUAAAUUUUUUAAUGUUGUUAUUUAAAUUAAUAUGCCAGUAACUCUAUAAUACUGUACGUAUUUGAAAUGGUGCCAGCUUGAGUGACACCUAAGACAAAUUUCUUAUGUAUAGUGAAAGGAAUACCGGCUCAUUUCGGUGCUUUGAAACAUUCAAAUCAACUCAUCAAGAUGAUUUCAAAAUAAUGAAUCAGUAAAAUUUUUGUGUCCAUUUGUGCAAAUAAUUUUCAGAUUUCAGUUGUCUCAAUUCCAGAUAUGUAUGAAUAGUAUAAAGUUAAUUGGCUAAAACUUACAUAAACCAUGACAGUUAAACAAAAAAUGUUAUUUGUGAUAUAAAAUUGUUUGUUUUGAAUCAGUGCCAUGCAGUUUUAACUGCUUUAUAAAUUGGAUAAUUUUUGUGGUCGGAUUCUUGAAAUAUGUUAAAUUGUUUUGGACUGUGCAUGGUUUGUUUUUUUUUUCUGUAAAUACAUAUGUAAAUUAUAACUCAUUUAUUAAUAAAAAUCAAUUAUUUAUCAAGAAAAUGUGAUUAUCUGGUGCGAAAAUUGCGAUUUAUACAUAAUUUAUCCGCAUUCAAAUGCACAAUAUUGAAUCAAAUUUUUAAGCUCUUUUUUUGUGGUCAUCUGGAAUAUUUAUUAUCAGUGGAACAUUUACUGGAAAGAAAUUCAAAUUAACGACUUUUUACUGGAUGAUCAUAAUGAAGUUGCUGGACCAAUAAAAAAAUUUUUUACUAACGAGAAAUAAAAUUACUUAUUUUCAGCGUAAGGAGUAAUGACGGUCACCUAAACGAAUUUGGAAAUAAAAGGCACAUAAACUAUAGAAGUACCUACAUAUGAACUCAAUUCUUACAUUUUCUCUCAUAGAUCCUUGAUCGGUAUUAUUGUUCUUAACUUUGCUGCAAACUAAUGCUCUUGGGGAAUAGGCUCCUUGCAUCAUUUUUUUUUAUUGCUGAUUUCGAUAGUCCAUGAAAAAUAAGUCAACACGUGUUUUUUCUUUUGCUUCUUAGUCAAAAAUUGACGGAGAUACAACACUAUGAAAUCUGCCUAUGACGUCACUUAUCUAAUAAAUAAGUGACGUUGCACAUGCUCAGUAUAUCUAUAUAUACAAAACUUAAUAUUUGAAUCACUUCCGGAAUAAUCAUAUUUGGGCGAAAUAAAAAAAAAGUUACGAUUUUUUUUCGAUUUCCUACAGUUUGCAAUAAACAAUAAUCAAUUUAAUUUUCCAUGCAAGUACUCUAUUUGGUUUAUAACAGUCUGUAUUAAUUUCCAACAUUCAGAACACCUUAUCACAACUCAGCAUUGGCCUCGUAAUCAUCAUGAAUGAUUUACUCCAAUCUUCGUUAUUUUUCAUUCUCACUGCAGACUUCAUGCAUAUCAAUAUCAAUGAUAUUGGAUCUGAUCUCAUUAUUGAUAAAUUUUGAAUUUGCCUUAGUAUUCACAUUUGGUGUUUUCACUGCCCUUAUCUUAUUUCACCCAUUCUUUCUUGUUUCAGCCUCUUACAAAAAUGAUAAAUUGCAAUACGUAGAACUUAUUUUAUUGUUCACGAAAGUACAAAAACAUACUAACACUUGCCUUAGAAUGAGCUACCCAAUUACCACCAGUAGGUUACAAAAAUACAAGGAUGACCGUCAUUACUCCUUUCCAUUUAUUUAAAUUACUUUUGCCUUUUCUGAUAAACUAAUAUCAAUCUAAUGGUUGUCAUUAGGUAAGAUCUUUUGAGAAGUGACUGACAAUGUAGUAUCAAAAUAAUAAUGUUAGAGCAAAUUGUCAAACAUUCUCACCUAAUGUUAGAUCAUAUUGUAAAUAAUAAUAUAAUGAAAUACUAACAAUUUUAUUACCGCUCCUAAAUGUAUUUAUCUGUCUCAGUUAAAUUCUACUCGUAACUAAAAACGCUUACCUAUUAAGACUUUCUUUAGAGAAAAAAAAUUAAGUUAAAUUUUGAAAUGUAAGUCUAAAUUCUAAUGUAGUUAGUUUCCGUUUUUUUUUGAAAUUAUAUUUAUCAGUUU